AUGAAGUUCACCUUUAGUAUCCUUUUGAUUUCUCUUGCUGGCGCCGUGUGCGCUGCACCGACAGACAAUGCUGGGCGAAGUGCGCCGCUGGUUGCUGGCAAUGUUCAUCAGAAGCUCGCCGAGCGUAGCGCACCCCUAGUUGCUGGAGAUGUUCACCAGAAGCUCGCUGAGCGUAGCGCACCCCUUGUCGCAGGUGAUGUUCACCAGAAGCUGGAGCAAGAUUAG